UGAUACUGUGGGGUGCUCCAUCUGCAGAAGAGUUCUGGAUUAAGGAGAAGGCGUGAACGUGGAGUUGGCUGGUUCUUUUGUGGACAGGGCCUGAGGUGUGUGGGAAGGCGUUGGUGAAGUCAGGGAAGCUGCUUGUCUACUGUGCCUGAAGGCCCUGGACCCAUCUGGACAGCGUGUGGUUCCUCUGCUCCUGGAGCAGCAUUCCCCGCAGUGGGCAGAUGAGAAAGCAAAUCUCUUGAAACAUAAGCAGUGGCACUUGCCUGGAGGGAGGAGAUGGGGAUUCUCCUGUUGCUCUGAGUGUUGCCAGGUGCCAGAAGUGGUCCCCGGUGGUGGUGGUGGUGGACAGUUAUUCUGAGUGACGGCCCUUGCUCACGCUUCUGAGUGGUUAUCAUGGGCUUCAUUGCCUUUCUGAAGACCCAGUUCAUAGUUCACCUCCUCAUUGGGUUCGUCUUUGUUGUGAGUGGACUGAUCAUUAACUUCAUUCAACUAUGCACGCUAGUCCUCUGGCCCAUAAACAAGCAGUUUUAUCGCCGAGUAAACUGUCGCCUUGCCUAUUCCCUUUGGAGCCAGUUGGUAAUGCUGCUGGAAUGGUGGUCAGGCACAGAGUGCACCUUGUUCUCAGACGAGGCCACGGUGAACACCUUCGGGAAAGAACACGUCAUCAUCAUCUUGAAUCACAACUUUGAGAUCGACUUCCUGUGCGGCUGGACCAUGACGGAGCGCUUCGGAGUGCUGGGGAGUUCCAAAGUCCUUGCUAAGAGAGAGCUACUAUAUGUGCCCCUCAUCGGUUGGACGUGGUACUUCCUUGAGAUUGUUUUCUGCAAAAGGAAAUGGGAAGAAGACAGAGAUACGGUUAUUGAAGGGUUAAAACGUUUGUCUGAUUACCCUGAAUAUAUGUGGUUUCUCCUGUACUGUGAAGGAACUCGUUUUACAGAGACCAAGCACCGUAUCAGCAUGGAAGUAGCUGAAUCCAAGGGGUUGCCUAAACUGAAAUACCACCUGUUGCCCAGAACCAAAGGUUUCACCACUGCUGUCCAGUGUCUCAGGGGAACAGUUUCAGCAGUCUAUGAUGUAACACUAAAUUUCAGAGGAAACAAGAACCCGUCUUUAUUAGGAAUUCUUUACGGGAAGAAAUACGAAGCAGAUAUGUGUGUAAGGAGAUUUCCUCUGGAAGAUAUCCCUCAAGAUGAAAAGGAAGCUGCAAACUGGCUUCAUAAGCUUUACCAGGAAAAGGAUGCUUUGCAAGAGAUGUAUAAUCAGGAAGGCACAUUUCCUGGCAAGCAGUUUAAACCUCCUAGGAGACCAUGGACUCUCCUAAAUUUUCUUUUUUGGGCCACAGUUCUCCUCUCUCCUCUCUUCACAUUUGGCUUUGGAGUUUUUGCAAGUGGAUCACCUCUCCUUAUCCUUGCAUUCCUAGGACUUGUGGGAGCAGCUUCCUUUGGAGUUCGUAGACUGAUAGGAGUAACUGAAAUAGAAAAAGGCUCCAGCUAUGGCAACCAGGAAUUCAAGAAAAAGGAGUAACUGAUGGCUGCAGUUCAGCACAUAUAACCAGACUAUGGUAUCCCAUUAACUUCAGUUAAAAAAACAACAACAAACACUUAGAAACUAUCUUUUUCUUAAUAACUGAUGACUAAUAUUAAUGAAUAAAACUUGAGCCAAGAAUGAAGACGUUGGAGGCAUCGACUGAAGAGAACACAUCAACCUUUCUGCCUGUUUAAGGAUUACUGUAAUCAAGCUAUGGGAGAAAAUCUGGGGUGGGGUGGAAGAAGAAACUGAUUUUUCUUGCUUUGUUGGGGGACUUGGGGUGGGGGAGAAAAGGCCACGUGGCCACGUGUGUCUUCAGAUGACUGAAAACACUGGUUUCUGUCAAGAGCACUACACUCACUUUUACAACAGGAGCCAUUGAAUGUUUCCUCUUGCUAAAGCCAACGUAACAUUUAUUGAUUUCCAACUUCUUUUACUAAUGAGCCAGGAAAAAACACCCUCCUUAAAUUAACUGACAGGCGUUCAUGGGGUUAGAGUCAUUUUGGCUGUGUUGUCAUGGCUACAGAUGAAAUCCUAUUUGUACGUUACACCGAUACUUUUUGUUUUCAGGCAACGUCUUAAAACUUCUGUAAUGGGGGAGAACAGGCAGUGGAGUUUGGAAGCAGUGCAUUGUUCAUCAGCAGUUCCCAUAGAACAGAUCCAUGCUAAGAGAGUAGAAAAUUCCCAUCACAUCUCCUGCUAACUGCUCAAGGCUGUUUAAUUUCAAAAUAUUACUUCAAUCUUGAGUGCUGUUUGCCCUGUUUCACAUCAAACAUGGAUGAUAAUUUUGAAUAUUUUUGGGCUUGUUUUGCUUUUUUUUUUGAAUCAAUGGUUGACCAUGGGAUUUGGAGUUGUGCAAAGAAGGAAAUUUAUUCAGUUGUCCUGAACGAUUUCUCCUUUUAAUUUCUGUUUGCAUCUCUCAUUACCAAAGUCCAGUUCAGCCAACUUCUCUCAGUAAACUAGGAGGCAGCAGCAGAAAUCAGCACAAUAGUUUUCAAAAUGUCUUCUCUGACAAAAAUGUGAAAAGGAGAGGUCUGGAGCAGCCAGGGUUUGAAUGCUGCCAUCUCUUGAACUUGUAAUGGGAGUUUCAGCAUUGAUGGGGCCAGGAUCUUACCCUGUGUGUGUAAGGAUACACACAGGAUAUUUGACUUGGCCAUGCUCUAGAUAUUCAUGUGAAGUUAUACUGCAAGAUGAGCUGUGCUGUUAAGCGUUAGAAAGAGUAUGAGGGUCUCUUCAGGGAUUUUAAGUAUCUUUAGUUUUGCUUGUUGACGUUUUGGUUUUUUUUUUCACUGAAACUUAGAGAUCAGAAUCAUGUCUGUACCUGUCUCUCUCCUUUUUUUUUUUCCUGUCUUUUUUCCCUUUUUUCUUUUUUUACAAACGCACAUUCAGAGAUUUUUGUAGAUUGCUGCCGUAUGCAGAGCUGGAGAACUAUUUGCAAACAGAUGGUAACUACCUGUAUGUUCAAGUCUGAAGGUCACAAUCUGCAUUUGGCUGCACUGAGAAGUGGGUGAAAUAAGUUGCAGAUCUACAGCUGAGGGCAGAAGCUGACCCUCAGGGUCUGUAUCUUUAACCCAGCUGCCACUAGAAUAUUUAUCUCACUUUUGUAAAGAACAGAUCUUAUCAAAGCACUGGUUGUUGUUUUCAUCUUUGCUCCAGUAACCAAGAUAAGAGAGUAAUAAUUUACCUACUUUUCGUAUUUACUCUUAACUGUUGGAAUGUAACCUCUUCUCCCACAGGUUUUUCUGUUUCCAAACACUGGAAGAGCAAUUUUGUAACUUAGAAAAAUAUUUUACUUGGGGUCAUUGAUCACUGUUCUGUCAUGCACUUGAUUUUUAUUUGUGGUCUUUUCAACAAGAGCGUUUGAAGGAUGGCCUACGUUGUCUGUCUCCUGUUAGACUCAACCUUGCUCAAUCCUUGUACCCAGACCCCCAGCAUUAGUAUGUCAUCUUUGUCCCCUCAAUAAAUCUUCCCUAAGAUAGGGGAUGUAAAACUGUUGCUAAUGUUAGUGGAAUUUGGAACAUGCUUUGGGAAUUGAGGAGAACAGAGCCCAGCCAUGACUGUUUUCCUUGCUGGAUGUUUUCGUACUUUGUCUCUAAAUAUAGUCUGACAUCCCAAUGCUGAUAAAGUUAACUCUGGCUUUUCCCUGUUUUUAACAGGAGGACUAAGAACAGUGGGGGUUUCUUUCUUUCUUUUCUUUAUUUUUUUUUCUUAAGUAAUUCAGUAAUGGGUAUAAUUCUUGCUUCCUAGAAAGAUGUUACAAAUGCUGUAUACUUGCUUCCUGAAGAUGAUAUUGAGUAUAUAUAAAUUUUACUGGCUUAGCAGAAGAGGCUUGCCAAGCAGGCUGACCACUGACUAUGUUUUAUACUCUACAUUUUGAGCAGUAUAUUAAUGGGCAUGACAAGAAUUUCACAAAAUAAAUCCCUUCUUAAUGCUGAGAAGAGGGGAGCUGCUUAGAGGAGAAGGGAAUUAAUAACCUUUCUCUUUACAGGAUCCUUUUCUCCUCUUAGUGCAUGUAACUCCCUAUUCAGAACCAUGGGAUUAGUGCAUGUACAUCAAGGGGAGAAUAAUCAACAUUUCAUAUUUCCUUAUCAUAAUUUAUUGGUCAUGCUUUCUUUUUGGAAAUAUAAUAAAUACGUCAUCGGAUACCUAAAUUUUGCUCUUCUAAACAGACAUAUCAGUAACCUCUUGAAAAACUGAAACAUGCAGCAGUGCACAAAACAGUGUGAAACCAACGAAAAUCUCUUCAUUUUGAAUUUUAUCUCCUCAAAUAGGGGUUUUUAUACACGCGCGCGCACACGUACACAAAGUAUGUAUAAACUAAAAUGACUGGAAGUAGCUGAAGUUAAUGUCACUAAUGAAGAUUAGCAGGUGGAUUGGAUUGGGAAAGCGAGCAUAGGUUUUAUAUCUUAUUUUCUUCUGGUUUAAUAGAACAUAGCUUGUAUAUUUGACUACCAAGCCCUUUAAGAGCAAUAAUAAACAAAAAUAUAUCAUG